AUGAUGGAUAAUGAAGCAACCAUACCUUCAUCUUUAGCUUCUACAGAAGCGGAAAAUGUCGACACAGAGACAGGAAACUCAGAUAAAUCACUUUCCCACAUCAAUCGAUCUAGCAACUUUCCUGAAACUACAUCCAAUCAAUUACAAUCAAACAACCCGUUUCGCUCAUCAACCCUGACAGUAUCGGUACCAUCACUGGAGUCAGUGCCAAUUUCUCAACUAAGGACUAGAAUUGCAAAUGCAGAAUUGGUGAACUAUCCAUUCAAAACUUUGAAUAGAAUCUUGGAUGAUUUGAAAUGGACAAUUCCAGUCCAAGAAAAAUAUAAUUUCAGCAUGUUAAACAGUAAGCCAAUAGAUUAUAGUGAGGAAUUGAGUAAAGUUGUUAAUUCGAGUGUCAUACAUUUUGAAACAUUGAUUUUAAAUAAUGAUUUGGAGUAUUGCAAGUCAGUCGAAAAAGUCGAGUAUUCCAAUAGUCAACAAGUGCUUUAUAUUAUGAGAGGUAUUUUGCUGGAUAAGAAGCACGGGACUUAUCAUUUCAGAUUAGCUGCAUUAGAAACCGACUCUAACCCUUUUGUAACUAAACUCAUUGAUAAACAUCAAUAUCAUGUUAUCCCCAAAUCCAGCAUAUCCGCACAUGAUUUACAAAUUUUGUUGGAGAAUACUAUAGAUGUUGAUAAGAUUAUUGAUGAUGCAUUUUUCAAGAGUUUAAACUCACCAAAUGGUCAAAUCCUAAGGGUAACAUUGUUCAAAGCAGAAUUCACCCAAGAAGAUUUAGUACCGUUGACGGACGAGGAGAUAAUACGAGAACGGUAUUUAGAAGGAAUUAAGAGACACCCAAAUCUAUCCCCGGAAACAAUUCCAAACCAACUCCAUUGUAUUAAAACUUUGAUAAAAGUGUUACGAGGACCGGUUACUUUGAAACCCGAGGACACCAUCAAAACAAUUAACCUCAAAAAUACAGUUAUGGAUGCACAGAUCGACGUCAAUUUACUUUUUGAGAAAUUGUCAUUUACCUUAAAUGGGGAUGAAGCAGUACCACCAGACUUGAACAAUUUGCCAGACUUGAAGGAAUCGUACAUAAGAAAAAUCUUGGAGUUGAUAUUCUUUGCGAAAAAUGUAAUGGUGCCAAAUAACGAGUUCCAGACUUUGUAUUCAUUUUCCGACAAUAUGUCUCAAGUGUUUCACACGAUCGUUGAAUACGAUAAAAACGUGAGUGUGAGACAUUUCAGUAGCAAUUAUUCAAACAGAUUUCCAUAUUUCAUCAAUCUUAGCGCAAGUGCUUAUUUCUCCGAUGAAUUGAUAAUAAAAUGUUUCGAGCUUACAGUGCAGUCUGACUCAAUCAACCAGUUAUACUAUGUGGAUUCCUUAAAGCAAAUACGAAGUUUCAGAAACAAUAAUGGGGGUUAUUCAGUAAACAAUAAGCUUGAUAUUUAUUUCAGACAGAGAAAUUUGAUAGGCUACAGUGAUUUUCUUGAGUCGAUGAAGAUAUUGGGAUUAGCAGUUGAAAGCAAUGAAACAGAAACAAUUGAUGAUGAUGUUAUUAUUGCAAUGUAUCGGAGCCAAUUUAAAAAUGAUCCCAAGAAUUACCAGUAUUAUAAUAAUCAUUUGAAAAGAAUUGCUGGUAUCAAAAAUUCCGAGAAACUUGAUGAUUUUAUUCAGAAAGAGUUGCUACCAAUCGAUUUAGCACUUGAAGAGUUGAGUAUUGAAGAGAUUACAGAGGAUGAUGUUGUGAUCACUGCAUACGAGUUCAAGCUUGACGAGUUAUUGCAACUGAAUGGAUUCAACGGCAAUGCUAAUGAAGUCAUUUUUUUGAAUAAGGCAUUACUCUCAGUUGCAGUUCAUCGAAGAAGUUACAUAUUAUUGGAGUAUUUGGAAACCAAAUUACCUGAUUACGUAAAAAUACCCACAAUGAAUGAAAUGACUACUCGCAAGGCAUUUGAAACACUUGAUAUUGAUGUCCAAGCUCUGGAAUCUGAAAUUAUCAGUAAUUUUCAAAAUAAAUUUCUCAAGGGAAAUGUCGAUAUUCGGUUGUUGAGAUACGCAUUAAAAUUGAUUGCUGAAUCCAAGAAAUCAGAGAUAUUAUUAAGUUUCUUGAGAACUGGUAAAAUAGAUACAUCAUUACUCCCAGCACAAAACUGGCCUGCUGGGUUAGAUAAUAUUGGGAACACAUGCUACUUAAAUUCGUUAUUACAAUAUUAUUUUUGUAUAAAACCAUUACGAGAAUUGAUUUUAACAUUUAAUGAGAACAAUUUUAGUGCUAAUGAUUACCCUGAAACGAGAAAGAUAGGUGGGAGAAAAGUAGAAAAUAUGGAGCUUCAAAGAUCAAAUCAAUUCGUUUACCAGUUGCGUCGGUUAUUUCAAGAAAUGAUUUAUAGCAACAAAAGAUGCGUUCAACCUAGUAAAGAAUUGGCAUAUUUAUCUUUUCUUCCAUUGUCACAACCAGUUAAUUUCAAAAAUCAAAAGAAGACCGAUUAUCUGGGUAGAACUACAAUUGAGGAAAAUAAACAAGUUCAAUUAGCUGAAACCAAGGACAACCAGAGUGUUGGCACAGAAUCUGUGCAUGGCGAACUUGAUGGAGUAUUAUAUCAACAAUCAGAAAAUGGACUCAGUACUGAUAAAGAUGUAACUAUGACUGAUGGCGAUGAUGAGAUCAAUACAGAAGUAAAGGAUAUUAUAGACAUGGAUAGGGAAGUUGAAACUGGAAUGGAAAUUGAAACAGAUGUUGAUGAAAGCAAUAAAAAUUAUUCCAUGGCCGUUGAAUCACCCCUGUCGUCAAGAUCUAUGAUUGAGGAUGAAGUAGAAACCCCUGAUACUUCUUCAAGUGAGGAUGACGUUGUGGGAUCGAGUCCCAAAAUAUUACCCAUACUGAGUGAUCAAAUUGAAAGCACAAUUGAAGUUGGUAGACAGCAAGAUGUCACUGAAUGUAUUGAAAAUGUCACAUAUCAAAUUGAGACAGCAUUACCACCACAGUUGAUAGAUAAAGAUGGCGAACAACACGAUUUAAUCAAACAAUUAUUUUGCGGCAAAACUAAACAAACCAUCACUCCCUUGGAUAAACCUGAUGAGCCACCUAGAGUUUCUUUAGAAAGGUUUUUCAGUUUGAUUAUUAAUGUUAGUGAUCACCCCAAGAGUAUUUAUGACGCGUUGGAUUAUUACUUUAAUGAAGAUGUGGUUAAAUUGGAUGAAGGAUUAGUUAAAAAAAGUAUUACCAUUCUGGAAUUGCCACAGAUUUUGCAAUUCCAUGUGCAACGAGUUUUAUUUGAUCGUGAAAAAUUGAUGGCAUAUAAAUCAAUUGAACCAAUUCCGUUCAGUGAUAAGAUUUAUUUGGAUAGAUACUUGGAUACCGAUGACGAAGAAAUCUUAUAUAAAAGAAACCAAGUGUUUGAGUGGAAACGUGAAAUUCUGAAAUUACAACAAUAUAAAUUUGAUUUAUUGAAAAUCGACCCUGAGACAUCGGUGUCAUUGAUUGAUAGUUUGAAAAUCACGGAAAAAUAUCUUGAGAACAAAAUUAUCCUGGACGAUUCUUUGAGUAUUGAAUUGUCUACCAUACAAACGAUUAAUGAUGAGAUCAGAAAAUUAACAUCGAAUUUAGAAGAUAUUGAUAAUCGAUUGAAUGAAUUGAAUCAUUUAAUAAGUAUACAGUUCCAAGAUUAUAAAUCGAUUGCAUAUAAUAUAUUUGCCGUUUUCAUUCAUCGUGGUGAAGCAAGCUAUGGGCAUUAUUGGGUAUACAUCAAAGAUCCACAUAAUAAUAAUAUAUUCCGGAAGUAUAAUGAUGAAAUUGUCACUGAAGUUCCUGCUAGUGAAAUAUUCAAUUUCUUGGAAACAAACACCGCUACUCCUUAUUAUAUUGUUUAUAUCAAAGAAGAAUUAGAAUCAAGUUAUAUAGAACCUUUAAAAAGGGAAAUUAAAGAAUAA